GCUGCUGACGUCACUGCAGCGCGAGCAGUACCAGUUCGGCGAGGCGGGCAGAGACCUGUCGGCCAUGGCGCCCUGCAAACUUUAAAAAAAGUAUUUACGACAGUCAGGCGAAGAAUGCGGCUGAUCAGAAAUCCAUCAUGGCGGCCGCAGGGGCUGGAUCUGGUUUCUCCUUCGUCAGAAGCCUUUCCGGACUAUUUCGUUCAAGGUUGGCCGCUCCACCCCAGCGGCUCUCGUGGCUCCACACCGGCUCUUCGCUGAGCUCAAAGAGCUGGGAGAGGAAGAACCUGAAGGUGUUUCCACCCCAGCAGCCAGAGGAGCCCCGCAGACCAGCCGAGAUCCACCACUGCAGGAGGCAGAUCAAAUACAGCAAAGACAAGAUGUGGUACCUGGCUAAAAUGAUCCGCGGCAUGAGCAUCGAUGAGGCCGUCGCCCAGCUGGAGUUCAACGACAAGAAAGGAGCCAAAAUCAUGAAAGAGGUCCUCCUUGAAGCUCAGGAGAUGGCCGUGAAGACUCACAAUGUGGAGUACAAGUCCAACCUGCAUGUGGCAGAGUCCUUCUCCAGCAAAGGGAAGUACCUGAAGCGGAUCCGCUACCACGGACGGGGCAUGUUCGGCAUCAUGGACAGAGUUUACUGCCACUACUUUGUAAAACUGGUGGAAGGGCCGCCGCCCAGAACGGAGCAGAAGACGGGCUUGGACCAGGCCAAGGAGUACGUUCAGAUGCUGAAGGAUCGGACCGUCAUCCACAGCCUGUAGAUCUUUUCAAAUGUUGUAGCGUUGUGUCUUAUCUGUAAAUAAACUGCAGCGGAAAACAA